CGGCGUAAUAGAGCUGCGACUGCAGAGUGUGUGAGUCUCGUGGAGGGGCUACACGAGUGUGUGUGUGUUCUUAGUGUGUGUGAGAGAGUGUGUGUUCAGUGUGUGUUCACUCAGUGUGUGUGUUCAGUGUGAGAGUGUGUUGUAGUGUGAGUAUGUUGUCUGUGUCGGAGAUCAAACAGGAGGAGAAACCGGGAGAGUCAGCGGAGUCAGAGGAGGCUGCGGAGCCGCGUGGAGUGAAGCGGAAGAUCUCCCUGACUCGCUGUGAUGUGUGUGAAGCUGAGGAUGCGAAGUACAGGUGUCCCAACUGCCUGAAGUUCUCCUGCAGUCUGUCCUGUGUGAAGCAGCAUAAGCAUGAGUCGGGCUGCAGCGGCGUUCGGGAUAAGACGGCCUUCGUUCGUCUCUCUCAGUUCAGCGAAAUCAACCUGCUCAAUGACUACAGGUUACUUGAGGAAACGGCUCGCGUGGCAGACAAACCCAACAGAGACUCGCUCCUGCAUAUUAAUCCUCAACACAGCACCACUGUGAAGCUGGUGAGGAGGAACGCAGCAGCAGCCAAAGUCAACCUGAAGAUCCUCCCCAAAUCCUUCACCAGACGCAAAGAGAACACCUCCAUCUACAUCAAAGUAGAGCAGAAGCUGUACUGGCACCUGAAGCUGCACUUCCCCCAGAGCAGCGCCCAGUAUACUGACAGAGUGCCGGAAGACCGGCUUCUGGAGCAGAUUCUCAGUGACUACGUCCACCCUACUGAAUCAGACCCAGUCAAGCGCCAAAGGUUGAAGCUGUACGUUGUCUCUCCUCCUGAUCAGCUGUGUGUGUUUAUGAAGUCGGAGCAGAGGCAGCCCGGCUCUCUGAGGUACCAUGAGCUGGAUUUGAAGAAGAGUCUCCGUGAGAACCUGAUGUUCAAAACAGUGGUGGAAUAUCCGGAGCUCCAUGUGGUCCUGAAGGAACGCUGUCAGGAAUACCUCACUCGGUUCCCAGAGAGGAAGAGUGUGGUGAAGUCCAGUGACCCCAAAGGGAGCGCCACAACAUGGGGAACCUCAUACCUGCCUGUAUCAAGCUCCAGAGAUGAUCCAGAACCUCCAGAGGGCCUGAAACACCCAGAGAAGAGGAGGAAAUGCAUGGCUGAUGAAUCUGAGUUGGAAGAAGGAGAGAUUAGGAGUGAGGAGGAGGAUGAAGAUGAGCAUGUUCGUAGCGCUGGUCAUGCUAAAGAGCAAAAAAGCACAGAUCGUAAUCCUCCUCACAAAGAUGAAAGUUCCGAAGAUGAUGAUGAUGAUAAGGAUGAUGACGAUGAUGAUGAGGAUCAGGGUGGUACUAUCAGCAGCCAACAUGCAACCAUGAAAACAGAUGACCCUCCUUCUCGUGAUCCUGGUGAAGAAGUUAAAGUUCAGGCUGAUGCUGUUGCUACUGUUACCGUGGAAACACAUCAUUGUCUUCCUCAUGAAGGUGAGGAGGUGGAGGACCGUCAGGUUAGCACUGCUAAUGACCUAAACGGAACCACGAAAACAAAUGACCCUCCAGCUCAACCUGAUCAUUGUGAAAAGAAUGAAGAUCAGAUUAGUGAUCAAAUGGUAACCAUGGAAACAGCUGACCCUGUACCUCACAGUCAUGGUGAACUGGCAGGUGAUGAAGGCCUGGUCCAUUGUGAUGUUGACAUGGUUCUUGCUGUUAAUGACCCAAAGGUAACCAUGAAAACUGAUCUUCCUCCUUCUUCUCAUGAUGAAGACGUGAAGGAGGAUGAUGAUGGUGGCACAGCUCAAGACCAAAAUGCAGCCAUGGAAACAGAUCACCCUCCUUCUCGUGAUCGUGGUCAAAAGAACGAUGAUGGUCAGGUUGAAGGUACUCAGAACGGUGCUAAUGACCAAAAGGUGACCAUGGAGACGUCUGAAUCUUCUCUUCGUGGUCCUUGUGAAGGCAGUGAUGAAGAUCGGGUUGAUGGUGGUGUUGACCGAGCCGUAUCUACUAAUGAUGAGGAUGUAACCGUGGAGACAGAUCGUAAUCUGCACUUUGAUAAUGGCGGUGAUGAGGAUGGUGAUGAAGGUGAAGUUGAUGGUGCUGAUAAUACUGAUGUUGCUAUUGACCAAAAGGUAGCCAUGGAAACAAAUAGCCCUCUUCCUCAUAGUCAUGAUAAACAGGGUGGCGAUGAAGGUCACCAUGGUGGUGUUGACUGUGCUUCUGCUCUCAAUGACCAAAAGGUAACCAUGGUAACAAACAGCCCUCUUCCUCAUAGUCAUGAUAAACAGGGUGGUGAUGAAGGUCAAGUUCAUUGUGGUGUUGACAGUGUUCCUGCUCUCAAUGACCAAAAGGUAACCGUGGAAACAGACUGCCUUCCUUCUUCUGCUCAUGAUCAAAACACUGAUCGUGAUUGUGGUGAUGAUGGUCAUUAGAGUGGCACUACUGAUGACCAAAGAGUGACCAUAGAAACAGAUGGUCUUUAUGAACGUUGUGAAGAGGAGGAUAUCAAAGGUCAGGUUGAUGGUGUUGAUAGUGCUGCUGCUGUCAAUGACCAAAAUGUAACCAUGGAAACCGAUUGCCUUCAUUUAGCUUCUAAUGAUAAGCAUCAUGAUGACCAUGAUGGUGGUCAGGGUGAUGUUGAUGGACACGGCAAUGGACAAAUACAGGCUGCAAAUGUGGACGCAAUGGAAAGACCACUUACUGACUGAUAGCUUCUCUUUAAUUAGUACAGUAUUACUUUUGUUUUUGUAACUUUCUUAUGAAGGUGAUGGAAAGUCACAGUCACAUUCUGACAACUAUAUAAACCCCUUUAUUUUCUCUUUUCUGUACUAUAUUUUAUUUGGCAAGUCCAGUUUUGUACUGUGAAUCAUGUGAGUCUGCUACCUUUAUUAUUUUUGAUUUCACCCUUGCGGCUUUAUUUAAGAGGUUCAUACACAGUGAUAAGGUAUACAUAUGGAAUUAACGGGUAAUCCCGAAAUUUCAACAUAAUUAAAUGGCUAACAUGUAAACACAGUCAUUCAGAGUGGUUUGGUGUGAAAAGUUCAGUUUUAGGGAAACUUGGAGUCGGAAUUGUUCACAGUGGUGGUGAUAGGAACCAGACGUCCUCCUCUAAAAGCUCCCUCACAGAAGGUUAUUACAUUCAUGACCACUUCAGACACUGCCUGCUGUCUGAGGCAUUGUUUUACGAUGCUUUUGAGACCAUUUAUUAGCCUAAAAUGUACAUUUUCUAAUUCUGUUCAUGGUGAUGUGCAUGCAGGGCACUAUGAGGAGAAAUAGUCCCCAAAGAAAACAUAUUUUCUCCGAUUUAUGAUUGAAAUGAUGUGAAAUGGUGAUUGAAAUGGUUCCUAUCACCACCACUGUAAAGAAAUCAGACAGUACGGCUCUCCACAUCUUCCUGUCAAACCACUCUGACUGUAUACUGUAUACAUCUCUAUUGGAUUAUGCAGAUAUUUUGUGAAAUCUGUGAAAUUCCCAUUUAACAGUGUUUGUUUUCAGGAGCUUCGCUUCGGUUCAUUCUUCUGCGUCUUCUACAGAGUAAUGAGCAGGACAGGCUGAUGUGGGCGGGACUGUUAUUUCUGUGAAAUCAGUUUUUAAUAAAAAGGGGUGUGUCCCGGUCAAAUUA